GGAGACUUCAGCUCUUCUGUUGAGCCAACAUGGCCGUUUUUUCGUUUCCUGUGUGUUGAGAGGAAAUAACAAAAAUCAGCGAAUGGCUUCAAAACCCUUCACUCCAGAGGAGGUGAGGAGGAUUGUCCAGUGUCUACAGACACCUGCUGUGUUUCUGAACAUGACCACAGACUGGCCAGCAUUACACUGGACUGUGGAGCACCUGUCAACUUGCCUUACAGAGAGGCUUCGGUUUCGUAUUGGGAAAAAGACUGAGGAUAUGGCUCCUCUUUUUGAAACAGAGUGUUCCUACAUUGAAGCAACCAUUAAAGAGUUUCUGUCCUGGACUGCCAAUGAAGAUGAAUCACUUGUUGGGCCAUUUUCUGACCAUCACUGCAAAGAAGUAUGGGCUUAUGCUGAUUACAAGUACAUUACCCAGCUUUUUCAGGAUAAACCUGCCAUGUUUCAGGAUGUGGUGUGGUCGGACUUUGGCUUUCCUGGCCGAGAUGGACGAGACAGCACACUUUGGAUUGGGACACAGGGUGCUAACACUCCAUGUCACCUUGACUCUUAUGGUUGCAAUCUUGUUUUCCAGAUCCAAGGCAGGAAACGAUGGCAUCUCUUUCCUCCCGAUGACACACACUGUCUCUACCCAACACGGAUACCAUACGAGGAGUCCAGCGUGUUCAGCCAGGUUAGCGUGGUCCAGCCAGACCUGAAGACGUUUCCAGCAUUCAGAAGAGCUCGAGUCCACACCAUCACUCUGCAGCCUGGUCAGGUUCUGUUUGUGCCCAGACACUGGUGGCACUAUGUGGAGUCAGUAGAUCCAGUGACUGUCAGUGUGAACUCCUGGAUUGAGAUGGACAUGGAUGAUGAGGCCAGAGUAAGAGAAGCUCUCACUAAGACCAUUGUGUGUGCCCUGAAAAGCGCCCCCAGCUUAGACAACAACGACCACUGGCUCAAUCCUACUGAGGAUGGAGUUUCUUCACAUGAUGAAAACAUGCAGUAUUUAAACCUAGCGGUAAAGGCCUGUAUGGACAAGAGGAGAGAUGAUACUGUCGGCAUGCUCUCACUUGUAGACCAGCCCAGAGCAGAGCUGGGAAAACGUGACUCCAGCGGACAGUUAAAGACUCCAGCAUCUCUUACCUUCGUGGUUCCCUUCGGACCUCAUCUCAUUCCUGUUAAUUUGGCUCACAAACCCAACUGCACCUGUCCAAAGGACACGUCUUGUUACAGGUACAAUGACCUGUCACAAUGUCAAAGUACAUCCCAAGAUGAAGAUGAAUCAAGAAGUGUCAAUGAACUUCAAAGAUGGGGUCAGUGUGCACAUCAGGAAGAGGAAAGUCCAGGAACCUCAGGAGGAGGUGCUGGUUUGCCCAUUUCCACCAAUGACAUGCUCCAGUUCCUGAUACACCCUGAUGUCAUCACUCUAGUUACAAGGCUAAUCAUGUGCCGACAAAGAGAACUUCACUCUUAAUUUGUACCAGAUCAACAGUAUUUUUAUAAAUAAAAGG